AUGGAGAUUGAUACAAAUGGGAACAUCUGUCAUCUUGACUCUAGAAAAAGGAAUUUCAAUUUGAUAACGAAACUAAUCUUGAGAAAUAGAAGAAUUUCCAGGCUGAAUUGUGAAAUCUCUGUUAAAAAGGAAUUUGUAAGGCAUAAAAUUGUUCGACCUUCCUCACUUCUAAAGCCCGCAGAAAAAUUAAAACUAUAUAACAAAGAAAAUAAAGAGCUUUUCGGCCCUCUUUUGGAAACGAAUAAAGAAAAAAAGAGUCGAUUGAAAAAGGAAGCUAAAAAUAGCACACAUCAAAACAGAGCAAAAGUUCAAAGUGACAGUACGCAAAAGUUCAGCAACGUACCAACUUAUAAUGUUUUAAACAUAAAUUCAGUGGCUACUAACAGUGUGGUGUUUAAUAAUAUUCCAUUAAGAGGCAUCAGAACUUCAGUUCCAAUUCAUGCUACUAAGAGCUUCCCAGCAGAACCUGGUUUUGCAAAUGAAGACAGGAUCCUUCAAAUCAAGCAGCAUCGAAAUGAUUUUACUCAGCAAUAUCCAUCAGUUACUCUCAUAUUAAAUAAAACAAUGACUGAGGAUUCUCAAAAGGCAUUAGAAAAAUGGAAAAAGGAGCGAAUUGCAGACAUGGGCCUAGAUGAAUUCAAUAAGUUUUAUGAAGCACAAAUGGCAGUUGGCACAAAGUUUCACAAUACAUUAAAGAACUAUUUUACUCAGCCUCAAACUCAAUUGAGAAUUGAAAAGGAUGUCGAGGGUGUCUGGGUAUCUGUGUCGGAGGUAUUGAAAAAUAUAUCCUCACCCAAGGCUAUAGAGUCCAAUGUCAUACAUCCCGUUCUCAAAUAUAGAGGUAUAUUUGAUGCUAUAGCUGAUUAUGAGGACAAACCCACAUUAAUAGAAUGGAAGAAAUCAGACAAACCAAGAAAGUCAUUAGCACUAACGUACGAUAAUCCUGUACAGUUGGCGGCUUAUUUUGGUGCAGUGUGCAAUGACCUGAACUAUAAGCAUCUCAAUGUGCGCGAUGCUUUAUUAGUAAUAGCCUAUACAGAUGGUUCAAAAGCCGACCUGAGAUUGGCAAUCUCUGAACACGGUAAUGUUGCUGAACAAAGGAAGUGGAAUGAGUCUCAACAUUUAAAAUCUCUAUAA